AUGGAGGGGGUGCCGGAGGCGGCGGCGGCGGCCCGGCCUGCAGGCGGCGGCCCCCAAGGGACCCAAAUAGGGAGCAGAACAACCAGCUCCAUGGAGAUGACCUUGGCUGUGGAAAGAAGUGGCCCUGAGCCACAGCUGGAUAGUGGACACCUCCCAAGACCCUGGUCCUGCUCUCUGGAAGACAGAACACCCAGCCUGAUGGCCCCCCAACACCCCAGGGCAUGGGGGAUACAACUCCCAGGUCCCUCUGUGCUGGAGUCCAAAGUGAGGGCCUUGAAGGAAAAAGUGACGGCAGGCAAACAGGGGGUGAGCCCCGGCCUCACUUCUCACGAGUGGCCAUCCAAGAAACCCAAAUGCAGGCGAGUCAAGGUGGGCGGAGCUGGGCCUCUGUUGGAGGGGUCUUCCUUGGCGGAUGCUGAGGGGGUGCUCCCUGCUCAGAAUCUGCCUGAUGGGCAGCUGGACAGCGAUAUCAGCAAGGAGGAACCUGCCCGAAACGGGGGUCCCAGACCUCCCAGGCCGCCUUCUCCUGGGCUGGAGUGCCGGAACGGGAGGAGCCCGCGGCCUCCAGAAGCAGUACAGGCCUUGCCCGACAAUGAGAGGAGUCUGCUGCCAGGGCCUGGCUGUUUGGAAGAGAACCCUGUUCAGAGAGUCACUCCAGGCCGGCCUGGAGGCCCCGGUCCUUGUAACAAAAUCACCCACAUGCCCAACCUGAGGAAAGGAAGGUCAUACACCCUUCAGGAUGAUCUAGUUACAGGGGGAGACCUGGACAGCUUGUCUCUGACCUGCGAGGAGGACUUCGUUCCCAGGCCAGCCUUGCUAGAGGGGCUCUGGCGAGCUGCAGAGCUGGGGGCUCUGGGCCCUGGCGGCAGUGCCUUAUCCUUGUCUGACCGGGUGGAGAGGAACCGUCUUCUGCUGCAGGAGAUGCUAAAUGUUGGCGGCCAAGGCCCCCCCAGGGUGGGAAUCCCAGCCUGGACUCCAUCCUGGGACAGAGGUCUACCAGAGCGACCAGCAGGGGACGUGGGCUGGGACUCAGGCAUCUCCCUGCAGGACUUGGACCAGAACAGGACCUUUGGUCCCAAGCCGGAGUCUGUGCUGAGCCCCAGGCAUGAGGAAGCCAAGCAUCUGCUGCAGCGUGCCCGCAUGAAGGCCAGGACCAGGCCCCUCCGUGCCAGCCAUGAGAUCGUGCCUGCCGUCGCUCAGGGCAGCCGAGACGGCCGGAGAAGCCCAGCCCCGGACUCGAGGAUGCCUUUUGCCUGCAGAGACACCCCGCAGAACGGGAACACGAGUGACUCGUCCAGCGGGGAGUCCAGCAGCGGGCAGUGGCCGAAGCGGGGCGCCUCCCCGUCCCGCGUGCGCUUCGAGGACGAGUCAGCCCGCGACGCCGAGUCCCGCUAUCUGGAGCGGCUGCAGCAGCGCCAGCGCCAGGCGCGGAGCAGCGCGCUGCCGACGGCGGCUCAGGGCCCGCUGCGCUCCAAGCCCGACCUGGCCCACUACAUCAACGCGGGCUUCGCGCGCACCGACGCCGGCCAAGGGCCGCUCUACCGCCUGGUGGGCCGGCUGGAGCGGAGGGGCGGACCGGCGCCGUCGCCCGCGCGGGGCAGCGCCAGGAAGUGCCAAGCCUGCGGCAGCUGCAUCCACGACCAACGCCCCGCCCCAGGGAAGGCCGGCCCGGACCCCAGGGCCCUCCCGGAGCGCGAAGCUGCCUGCGGGGUGCCGGCGGAGCCCCUCAGCUCUCGGGGCCCGAGCCCCCCCUUCCAGCUCCUCUCUGCCGAGCAGGGGUGCCACACGGAAUGGAUCCGGGAAACGCACAUCGGAGACUCGGCGCGCCCCGAGGAGGCGGACUCCGCACUGGACAGCACGGACACCUCGGACAGCUGCAGGACCGACAGUGAGGAGGCUGGGACCUCGCAGCCCAGCAGGCCUCGGGGCCCGGCCCGAGGCAACAGCCCCCGUCCGCGGGGCUCCAGGCCUCGAGGAGGCCCCAGAUGGUUCCGGAAGGCCGAAUCGGAGCUGCCCCGGAGCGCUCAGGCCCCGCACUACCUGCUGGGGGUUGAUCACGUGGAGGGUGCAGCCGAGGUGAAAGAAGGCAGGGGACACCUGCCUGAGGGGACUCUGUUUCCCAGAGAAGAUGCUUUCCCUAAGCCUCCCGUCCUGGAAUGUAAAAGGGCUUCCCUGGGCUCCCAGUGGCAGCCUGGCCCAGGGCUGGGAAAUCACUGGGUCCACCCGGUGGAUUCCCGGGCUCUGAGCAGGACAGCCUAUCCCCUGGCCUCUUCCAUGAAGCUGGGGUCCUCAGUGCCAGGCAGACAAACCCAGGAUGGAGGAAGCCAUGAGUCUCUGGAGACUGUCUCUGCUUCCUCCCUGCAACAGAGUCACCCAGAGCCCUCUGCCCUGCACCAGGCCCAGCAGGUGACCUCUUCCCUCUCCCCCGAAGGCUGGGUGCCAACCCCUCCGUCUUCAAGGAAAACCACCUCACCUGUGUCUCACAGGAAGGCAGCCCUGGCUGGACCCCGCAGGCUGGGUAGGCAGGGAGAGCCUGUGGACCCCCCUCCGCCUUCUUCAAGAAGUGUAGUUCCCAGGACCUGUGAGCUGUCCCCUGCCCAGACCCAGCCCUACGGCCCUGCAGGCAGGCAUCCCCUGCUGGCCCUGUCCACCAACAACUGCAACAAUAGCCUGCCUCCGGGGCUGCAGGAGCCCUGGGGAGGGGCCGGCCUCGAGGCCAAGGUGGAGGAUGACCCCUGCAGCCCGGAGCUGCCCCUGGAGAACUGCGACCACGGAGGAGUCCAGGGCUUUCUUGGCCCAGCAGCUGUUGGCGCAGUCAGCUCCAUGAGCAUCACCCUCUCCCUGGCCUUAGAGGAGUCGGAGUCCAGCCAGGAACCAGAGGGAGGCCUGCAGAGGCCAGAGUUGAGUUCCGGAGGGCAGGUGUCAUCCCGGGCAUUCCCGGGGGUCGGCGCAGGACCUGGCCUGCCCUCCGCUGCCCCUUCUGACAGGAGCAAGAAAAGCAGCAGCCUGGCCUCCACCCUGGGGCUGAAAAAGCUCUUGCUGGCGCUGGGCCACAGCACCAGGCCCAAGCUGGGCAAGGCCCGCAGCUAUAGUGUGGAGCAGCUGCAGUCCCCUGCGCCUGGCCUGGCGUCACACACCAGCACCCCCAGAGUGAAGAAAGCCCCGUCAGUACAGUCCCUGCAACUGGUGUCACCAUCUCACCAACAUCGGAAAGCUGCCUCCUUUCAGAACCUCCACUCUCUGCUGAAUGGCAAGGGGGACCGGUCCAGCCUCUACAUGGUAGGGGAGCCGGGGGACCACAGUGCACUUGGACGACCAACCAAGGCCUCACCCCGACGUGCCCUCAGUGUGGAGGACGUGAGCUCUCCCAGCCAGGCGCGCACGGUGGGCCGCGUGGUGGAGGUGUUCCCAGAUGGCACAACCCAGCUGCAGCUACAACGGUCCCCGGAGGGCUCUUUCGGCUUUUGCGUGGCCUCCGGGAAUGGGCGCCGGGACUCAGGUAUGCCCCCUCCCCUUUUCUGGGCUCCAUAUCCCUGGGGCCUUAGCAAACCACUUUUGGCUGUGGGCAUUUCCAGUCUGUGGCUGAGACGCGGAGCUCCAGACUCAGACAGCCUCAUGAAAGGACUGGAAUUCUCCCUCAGGGGCUCUUUGGGAAGCGUCAGGUGUGGGGCUGCUGGAGUGGGUAGGGUUGGUGAGCCUGACUCCACUGCCCCUCUGUUGUCUGCUGACAUCCUGAAGUCGGAAUCAGGCUGCCUUUUCGCUGGAGCGCCCAGGGGAGGUUGUGCUUGCUGGUUCUCGGGAGCCCUUUGA